AAUUAAUUAUUUAUAUAAUUCUUAAAUUAUAAAAAACAAUUCACAAUGGGGAGUAUGGAAAAAGCGAUCAAAACGGGUUUCAUAUGCCGUUUGUGUUCAGAAAUGAACAAAGUUGUAAUACAUAUUUAUAGUGAUUUAGGAUUAAAACUUAAAUUAUCUGAGAGGAUCCAUGAACAUUUACCAGUAAAAGUAUCCGUAACAGAUCCUUUACCAAAAACUGUUUGUUGGAAAUGUAUUGCUCGAUUAGAAGAACAACAUAAAUUAGUUCAAAGAAUUAAUUACGCCAGAAAACAACAGAAGUUAUUACAGAAGCAGGUGCUACAAAAGAAAAAAGAAACCUUAGAUGCUGAAGCUGCGCGUGAAGCGGGUACAACAAACGUACCAAAUCCUGUAAACGAAGCAACAGUACGUAAUGUACGGCCACGAAAACGACAUUCAACUGAAUCUACACCAUCAAACAUCAAAACAAAAACAAAACAUUAUCAUCGACGACCUAGAAAAUAACCAAUCAUUAUUUAUCGUCGUGUGUUUUUUGAGCGAAAAGCAAGUCAUAUGAGAAUUUAUAUAUGGAACCUAAAAAAAUAUGGAUAAAUUAAACAAAAAAUUUUCAAAGUGUGUUGUUUUUUGUACUGCAUAUUUAUUUUAAUAUCAAACAAAAACAAAGAAAAGACUUUUUAUUAUUAAAACAUUUUUAUUAAAUUAAUUUAUAGUUAUCAGUUUUAUUAAAUUAUAUAUAUUGGCGACAUGCUUUGCGAUUACAGCGCCACUGUGGAAAUAAUUCAAACUAAUAUGUGUGGUUGUAUUUAAUAUUAUUAUAUCUAUGAUCAUUGUCAAUAUCAUAGUUUUAUUUCAGGAUGUUUACAUAUUUAAAAAAGCAGUACAAAUUCGGGUGUUCUAGUAAAAAAAAUUGUCAAAAGAGUCAAAAUUCAUAUAAGAAGUAAAUUUGAAAAACAACGAACAUUUUUAAUUGCAAGUUGUACAUUUUUUAUUGAUUCAUGAAGUAUACAGGGUGGACUAUUUUAAUCUAUUAUGGCUAAUAGUUCGUUUUGUAGUAUGAAAUGGCAAAUCCGGUUAAAUUUAUAGCAUAUCGGGUUAAUACACCAAGGCUUUACUGACAUAAAACUUCUUGUUGUACCUUCGUUAAUUUUAAAAACUUACUGGACAAGAAAACGCUCUUCAUUUGUAAAAAUGGUUUUUUUUAAACCAUAAACUGUCGGCUGUCACGCUGUCUUUGUUUUUUCAUUGUCAUAUUACCUCAAAAAUUGUGUAGAUUCAAACCUUGCGUUAAUUUUGCGAUAACUAAGGCUGGGUAUACACGUAACUGUAUACUUGUGCAGGACAGGUGAAAAAAUACAUAAACGACUGGAUCUCUGCUUAUGGCUAGUUGUCUGGCAACUCGCCACAGUUGACUUUAUGCCUGUGCUGGUAGUAAGAAUCGAGUUUCGAUUCUUCUCCGGUUGCCUACGCAAGUCGCUAUACCUGCACCGGUUUACCUGAAGCGACUAACACACACGCUCCUUUAUAGGUGACUUGUUUAGGUAAACCUAUCUGGUAUACCGUUACAUGUAAGCCCAGACUUAAAUUUUUAAAAAUUAAUUUUUGGACUGUCUAUUCAAGUUUUUGAUUUAUAAUAUUCUGCAGUAAUGCGAACUGGAAACUAAUAAUUAACGACCUCGUCUACAGAGCUUCAAUUUGUUAUAUUAUAAAAAGUAGAAAAGUAUCCAGAAACAUAAUUGUAAUGCUAAUCGAUACCGUUGGAGGAAAUUUCCCACCUUACACCCUUGAAUAUUACGAGUAAAUUUGAUAUUAUAACAAAAUCUCAUUAAAUUUUGACCGACUCAGCGCAAUUAUUUUUACUUAUUAACUCGAACUGUAGAGAAUGGACUAUCUACGUCCUUUCACUGUAAAUCCCAGACAAUUAACUUGUAAAGAUUUUUUUUUUUGUGACUGGAUUCAGACUCAUCUAUUUAGUUACAUAAUUUAACCACCAGAGGCGUAUUAUAUGUAAGUUCAUCGCUAUAAAAUUGUAUA